GAAAACGACCCAGAGAUGAUGAUGAGGGUCGGGUUGCGGACGUGCUGGGGAAGAGGAAAGCCUUAGAGGAGGCGCAUCAGCAUGUGAUGGGGUCGGGGCCGAGACUUCCGCCCUUUGAUCUGCAGGCACCGCCGAAGCUACCCUUCGGCAUGGAGGACGUGUUCGCUGAAGGGGUAGAGAAGGUAGACUUCUGCAGGCUACGCCAGCAGAAGAAGGAAGUGAACCUGGCUAUGCACCGGCAGGAGGUGCCUUUGGUGAACGUCUUCCUGGAAGGCGUGAAGAGCGACCCUGAGGCUCUAGCGAGGACCCCAGCCUCUUCCUUCAUAGACCGGGCCCAAAAGACGAUACUCACCUCGGCCUAUGCCUUUGGCGAGAUGUAUGUCAGCAUGGCCAAGGCUGACAAGGAGAUCCAGAGGCUGAAGAGGCGGGAUGAGCUGGCCAAGAGCAAGAUAGCUGAGGCGCAGGAGGCCAUCCGAGAGAAGAACGCCCUACUGGUGCAAAAGGCGGCCCUGGCCAAGGAGGGAAGAGGGCUGAGGCCCUUGGUGAAGUAG